UGGUUUAAUGGUUCCAUGGCAGUAGCCUCUUAUUUCCCGAGAGCGGCGCAGCCUUUCACCAUCUCCCCUUCUCGAUCGCUCUGUUCUUCUCUCCUCGUCGUUCUAGCGCCCGGAUAAAGCCUUCGGUGGCCGUCUGCUGCGUUCUACUGAUUCGCUUGGAAGACAGAGAACUCCCACGUUGGUAUUUUUUGUUACUGUCAUCUUGGAGCAGCAAAGUUCUUCCGUCUUCUGGUUUUUUGUGGUGACGACAACGGCAAGGUCUCAAAUCGAGGCCGAUCCCUAGUUUCACGAUUGAAGUAAAAGAGGUUUCUGAUUGCAUCUGCUAUUAGGUUUGUGGUCAGCUCUACGUAUUCAUCUUGGAAGAAUAGCGGAAGAAAAUCUACAAUGGAUAAAUCUCGGCGUGAGAAGAGGAAAGAAGCCCGAUUGGCGAAGCGACAGAGCCGACACAUUUCCUGGAUUGAGCAUCAGAGGGGUAAGAAGGAUCAGAACAAGAAGAAUGCCCUAACAGAUUCAAAACAGAAUUCGGAACUGGCCAAGAUGAAGAUUAAGGAAAAGAAGUCGGACUCUUUGAAGAAGCCUGAUUUUUUGGUUAAGGGCAAAUCCAAGUCUAAGUUCCAGGAGUUCCUUGAAUUGGACAUGGGAAUGAAUGUAUUAGCUGGUGAGGAGGAUCUGGGGUUGGAGAAGAAACUUGCAAAGAAGCUCAAAGUGAAAGAGGGAAAAUUGAGAGGCCCUGAUGAUGGUAUAAACUUUCUAUUAGGUGGGAGCUCAUUGGAGUCAGAUGAUGACAUUGUUGGAGAAGAUGACAUCAAUGCGGACAGUGGGAAGAUAGAGGAGAGUGAAUUGCUAACAAAGAAAAAGCACAAGAAGAACAAGUCAUCUAAUGCUUCAAAGGAAUCAUUCAAUCAUGAAGUUUAUGACACUCAUAGUGAGACUCUUGAAAAGGUUGAUACCAUGAAUGCAGAUGGGGGUCGGAAGAAGCAUAAGAAGCGGAAGAACUUAUCUGAUGCUUCAACAGAGCAAUUAGAUAAUGAAAUAACUACAACUGAGGGUGGGAGGCACGAGAAGGUUGAUACCAUUAAUUCAGAUGGUGGUCAAAAGAGGCGCAAGAUGAAGAGUUUGUCUACCACUUCAGAGGAGCAUCUGGAGGAGGAACCAACUGAAGGAAAGAUUUCUAAUGCUGAGGAGCUUGAUACGUUAUCCACAAAAGAACCUCAUACAGUUGAACCUGCUGCAGCUUCAAGUAUGAAAUACAUGCCUCCUCAGGUGCGGGCUCGUUUGGGUAUUGAGUUUGAUGAGCUCCUUGAGGUUCGUCGAAGAGUUAAAAGACUUCUGAACCAGCUUAAUGAAUCCAAUGUAGAGUCAAUUACAAAAGAAGUGGCUACAAUUUAUAAAUCUCUCACUCGCAGUGAUGGCUGUCAAAUAGUUUCUCAAGCAUUUCUGGAAGCAUCUACCAAGAAUGAAAGCUUUUCUGCUGCUUUUGCAGCCUUUGUUGCUGGCAUGGCUUGCAUGGUCGGUAUCGACUUCAGCGCAAAGCUAAUUUCUUCCCUCGCUGAAUCAUUUGAGGAUGAGUAUUCAAAGGAGAAUGCAAUGUUUUUGAAGAAUUUUUCCAAGAUUCUUUGCAACAUGUGCAUUUUUGGUGUCUGUUCCAGCGAUCUCAUAUACGACUUGCUUUCAGUGCUGAGCAACCGGUUGAUAGAGUUGGAUAUGUCCGCCAUUGAUACAAUUCUUGAUAAUUGUGGAAUGAAGCUCAGGGGUGAUGAUCCCGUUGCUAUGAAGGAUUUCAUUUUUAAUAUUCAGAAGAAAGUAACUGAAUUUAGAUCUCUAUCUGAUGAUAGUCAAGAAGAGAAGCGAAGUAUUAGUAGAAUGGACUUCAUGCUCGAGAAGAUAUGUAAUAUAAAGAACAACAAGAUGAGAGUGAAAGAAGUCCCUGCGUAUCAUACACGGAUUAGAAAAUGGCUACAGAAGCUAAGAGUGGACGAUAUACUUCUCCGAGGGAUCAAGUGGAGCAAGUUGCUAGAUCCUGAAAAGAAAGGCCAAUGGUGGAUUUCUGGGGAUGGUAUCUUGAAUACUAACGAUUUCGAGGAUGUGGCCGCCACAAUAAACAAGGAGGUUGUAGAUGCACAAAAGCUAAUGCAGCUUGCUGCUGCACAGCGAAUGAACACCGACAUUCGUAGAGCUAUCUUUUGCAUCAUUAUGAGCAGCGAAGACUACCUUGAUGCUUUUGAAAAGCUUCUGAGACUUGAUCUAACAGGAAAACAGGACAGGGAGAUUAUGAGGGUCCUUGUUGAUUGCUGUUUGCAAGAGAAGGUGUUUAACAAGUACUAUACGGUCUUAGCUUCCAAGUUAUGUAACUAUGACAAAAAUAACAAAUUCAGCUUGCAGUACUGCUUGUGGGAUCAUUUCAAGGAACUCGAAUCCAUGGAGCUGAACCGCGCAAUGAACCUCGCAAGAUUCGCCGCCGAGAUGUUAUGCAACUUCUCCCUCUCCCUCUCUGCUUUAAAGGCGGUUGAUCUGGCGAGCCCCAGCAAGCUCACUCCCAAGAGGGUUAUGCAUUUCAGGAUGCUCUUCGAGUUGGUUUUCAACUACAGCGAUGCAGAAGUAUGGAACAUCUUCACCCGCAUCGCUGGCAUCUCUGAGUUAGAGAUGCUGAGGAACAGCCUCAUCUUCUUCAUCAAGCAGUAUGUGGUUGCGGCAAACAAUCAACAAGCUCUUGCCGCCAAGUUCAAGAUCGCGAAGAAAGCUCUCAGUAAUGCAGCUGGUGUGCUUAUGUAGGGCCACUCAACUUUCGGUCCCAAACAAGUUUUGUAAUACUUAUUUUCGUUGAAGAGGUAGAUUAUGUGCGAUUCGGAUGAUUCGACUGGCACUAAUUCUUAUACUGCGUCAUGUUACUGGAGUGCACUGUGUUACUUUGUAAGUAAAGCAAUCGUGUUUCUGGUUAGAGAUUGCCUUACUAGUUGGACAAAGAAAUGAUAAGAAUUGGAAACUCUCUCAUUACAGAGAAGAUUUUAACGAUUUUAAA